CUCCCGGCGCCGCCAGAGUAGCUGUAACUGCCUCCGCAAUGCCGAAAGGUCCCAAGCAGCAGCCGCCGGAGCCGGAGUGGAUCGGGGACGGAGAGAGCACGAGCCCCGCAGACAAAGUGGUGAAGAAAGGGAAGAAGGACAAGAAGAACAAAAAGACGUUCUUUGAAGAGCUGGCAGUAGAAGAUAAACGGGCUGGGGAAGAAGAGAAGGUGGUCAAGGAGAAGGAGCAGCAGCAGCAGCAGCAGCAGCAGCAAAAAAGAAAACGAGACACCCGCAAAGGCCGGCGGAAGAAGGAUGCGGAUGACGACGACGAGGAGAAAGAGCUCCUGGAGCGUCUCCAGAAGCUGUCAGUGCCCGCCAGUGAUGAGGAAGGAGACGUAUCUGCCCUGACACCCCAAGGAGGGAAGAAAACCAAGGGGGGUAAUGCUUUUGCAGCCCUAAUUCAGGAUGAGAGUGAGGACGAGGAGGAAGAAAAGCCCCCUCCUAAGCCUGCCAAGCCAGAGAAGAACCGGAUCGACAAGGCUCUUUCUGAGGAACAACAACCAGGACUUAAGGGCAAAAGGGGAAAGGAAGAAAAGUCAAAGGGGAAGGCCAAGCCUCAAAAUAAACUUUCCACUUUGGACAAUGAAGACGAAGAAGAUGAAGAAGAAAAAAUAACAAAAGAAAGAGAGCCACCCAAGCAAGAGAAGGCCAAGAAGGCAGAGCAGUUCUCACAGGGUUCAGAGGAAGAAGGAGAAGAGGAUGAAGAAGGGGAGUCUAAGGCCGAUGAUCCCUAUGCCCACCUUAGCAAAAAAGAGAAGAAGAAGCUGAAGAAACAGAUGGAGUACGAGCGCCAGGUGGCUUCACUGAAGGCAGCCAGUGCUGCAGAGAAUGACUUCUCCGUGUCCCAAGCAGAGAUGUCCUCCCGCCAAGCCAUGCUAGAGAACGCGUCCGACAUCAAGCUAGAGAAGUUCAGCAUCUCGGCCCAUGGCAAGGAGUUAUUCGUCAACGCAGACCUGUACAUUGUGGCCGGCCGCCGCUAUGGGCUAGUGGGACCUAACGGCAAGGGCAAGACCACACUCCUCAAGCACAUCGCCAACCGUGCCUUGAGCAUCCCCCCCAACAUCGACGUGUUGCUGUGUGAGCAGGAGGUGGUAGCGGAUGAAACGCCCGCAGUACAGGCUGUUCUUCGAGCGGACACCAAGCGGUUACAGCUGCUGGAAGAGGAGCGACAGCUUCAGGCGCAGCUGGAGCAGGGCGAUGACACAGCUGCUGCGAGGUUGGAGAAGGUGUAUGAGGAACUGCGGGCUACUGGCGCGGCGGCCGCAGAGGCCAAAGCCCGGCGGAUCCUGGCUGGUCUGGGCUUCGACCCUGAAAUGCAGAAUCGGCCCACACACAAGUUCUCUGGGGGCUGGCGCAUGCGUGUCUCCCUGGCCAGGGCGCUGUUCAUGGAGCCCACACUGCUGAUGUUGGAUGAGCCCACCAACCACCUGGACCUCAACGCUGUCAUCUGGCUCAAUAACUACCUCCAGGGCUGGCGGAAGACACUGCUCAUCGUCUCCCAUGACCAGGGCUUCCUGGAUGACGUGUGCACUGACAUCGUCCACCUCGACGCCCAGAGGCUCCACUACUACAGGGGCAAUUACAUGACCUUCAAGAAGAUGUACCAGCAGAAGCAGAAGGAGCUGCUGAAGCAGUACGAGAAGCAAGAGAAGAAGCUGAAGGAGCUGAAAGCAGGUGGCAAGUCCGCCAAGCAGGCGGAGAAGCAAACAAGGGAAGCCCUGACUCGCAAGCAGCAGAAAUGCCGAAGGAAAAACCUGGACGAGGAGUCACAGGAGGCCCCUGAGCUCCUGAAGCGCCCCAAGGAGUAUACCGUGCGCUUCACGUUCCCCAAUCCCCCGCCGCUCAGCCCCCCUGUGCUGGGCCUGCACGGCGUGACGUUUGGCUAUGAGGGGCAGAAACCACUCUUCAAGAACCUGGAUUUUGGCAUCGACAUGGACUCAAGAAUCUGCAUCGUGGGCCCUAACGGUGUGGGGAAAAGCACCUUGCUCCUGCUGCUGACAGGCAAGCUGACGCCGACUCAGGGGGAAAUGAGAAGGAACCACCGGCUGAAAGUCGGCUUCUUCAACCAGCAGUACGCAGAGCAGCUGCACAUGGAGCAGACGCCCACGGAGUACCUGCAGCAGGCCUUCAACCUGCCCUACCAGGACGCCCGCAAGUGCCUGGGCCGCUUCGGCCUUGAGAGUCAUGCCCACACCAUCCAGAUCUGCAAACUCUCCGGUGGGCAGAAAGCCCGAGUUGUGUUUGCAGAGCUGGCCUGUCGGGAGCCCGAUGUCCUCAUCUUGGAUGAGCCCACCAAUAACUUGGAUAUUGAGUCGAUCGAUGCUCUGGGGGAGGCCAUCAAUGAGUACCAGGGCGCUGUGAUUGUCGUCAGUCACGAUGCCCGGCUCAUCACAGAAACCAGCUGCCAGCUGUGGGUAGUGGAGGAGCAGAGCGUCAGCCAGAUCGAUGGAGACUUUGAGGACUAUAAGCGGGAGGUGUUGGAGGCUCUGGGUGAAGUCGUGGUCAAUCGCCCUCGAGAGUGAGCGUCCCUUCCCAGACCCGCCUGCGUGGCCGGGUGUUUCCCGGUGUCAGUCUCCGCUCGGAAGCCUGCCUGUGGUCUGCAGCUGACGGAGGCGGAGGCGGUCUCGGUGUGACCAGGGCCCUCCCAUUGCUUCCUUUCCUCUGAAAGAUUUGUCUGCUUCUCUUCAUAUAACUGAGCUUCAUUAGAGUGGGUUCCAUCCAGCCAAACUUAUGUGGCCAGUGGUCUUGAGUCUCUCUCAUCACUCCACACCUGCCUGUGCCCCACCUGCAGCCCUGCAGCCCAGUGACCCCUGGGGUCUGAGUGACCCUGCCCUUUCCCGGUGGGCGUCACGCCAACCCGGAGGCAGGAGCGGCUGUGGCAGGUCUGCUGGGGGAGUGGUCUGAGGCCUGUGCUGUUACCUGGCUCUGGGGCCUGCAGCCUGGGCUGGGGGAGACAUGGGGGCAGGAAAGGAAUGCGGCUCAACUCGAAUGGCCCUGGACAGGGACCAGGAAUAAAGGAAGCGGUUGCUGCCGCCCUGUCUGCAGAUUCGUGGGGGCUGGAACAGUUUCAUCUUGAUUUGCUUUGUUCAGUUUUCUAGCAGCAUUUAGAGUCCUCUCUUCCCCAGUAAGUCAGAUGGUGUAACUUGCAUUCUUACUGCUCCUGUGUGAGGAGCCUCCCUCCCCACCCUUCAGGACACCCAGAGGUCAGGGACCAGGUGCUGAACCCCCGGACAUGUAGAGUGCUGGAGGGCGCGGAGGGGAAGGGCCGGGCCUGCCUGGGGAGUGGUCGGAGGACGGGAAGGAGGCCUGAGGGCUCGGGGACCUGGCUGUCCAGGCUCAGAGCUGUGGCUCCCAGGACACGGAGCGAACUUGCUGGUUGGUCAGGACUGCUCGAGAGUGCGUGCGCCUUGAUUGAAUAGUAGGGAACAGAGAGCCUAGGGAAAGAGCAGAUGUAAGACUUGGAAGGAAGAGAAUGGAAACUUGACAGUGAAUGAGAGUGGCUGGAAUGGCGAUUUCCUUCUUAGUUAGGUUGGGGAGUGAAGGGUGAGCUUAACUGUAGAAACUUAGAGGUGGAGCCCAUAACUUCUGUGGGGUUGAGUGAUCUGAACUGGAGAGGGGUGGGAGGACCUCAGUGUGGGAGCCGAGGACGGGGUGAUCAGUGCAUCUGUCCAGUUCCGGGGGCGUGAAGAGCUGCCUGUUCAGAUUGAGUUUGGAAAUCUAAUUUGGGGAGUUAUUCUCUGGCCGA